UGGGUGGGUGGGUUGUGGGUAGAGGAGGCAAAAUCACACCCUUGAUGUGUUUUAUAGUGCCUUUGCACCCUUCUACAUAACCCCAUGUGAAUCCACGUAGUCAUCUCCCCUCACCUUCCCAUCCUAUGAGCAAAGUCUUGGACGCACCUUUUUCUUUUAGUAUUUAGGAGAGUUAGGUUCCCUUGUCAGCCUUUGUAGUGUAUGCGAGACAUGCAUAUAUAUCCUUGUAUCCCAUAUUCUCAUAAUAAUCCCCUCACAUCACCCAAUUCAUUUCCCUCACUCAUUCCUUCCUUUACUAACAAUCAUAGGCAUCACCCCUCUCCCACCCCUAGAAGCAAAUAUAUAGGCGAGAGCCUGUCGAGGAGCUAGAAAUCUAAGCUAGCGUGGAGAUGAGCCAAGACGAGAUGUGUGACACUGGCCUCGCCCUUGGGUUGGGCAUCGGAGGGAGGAGCAGCUCAUCAAGCAAUCUCCAUCGCCGACGAGAGCCGUACUCGACCUUCUCAAUUUCGACGCCUUACAAGCCGUCCCUCACCUUGGGCCUCUCCAAUGAUGUGUAUGGGGCGACUGCCAUGCCGAAGGCUGAGUCUCACAAGACAAACGAGGAGUCUAGACCGGCACGGCCAUCUUCACCUCACAGCACGCUCUCCACUGCCUACCCUCCAAGCGUCAAGAGGGAGAAGGAUGCAGGAUCCGAGGAGGCAGAGGUGGUGAGAGUCUUCUCACGGGCCAGCGAUGAGGAGGAGGACGCUAGUGCUAGAAAGAAACUUAGGCUUACGAGAGAGCAGUCUGCCCUCUUAGAGGAAAGGUUCACGGAGCAUAGUACCCUAAAUCCAAAACAAAAGCAAGCUUUAGCCAAGCAAUUGAAUCUCCGGCCACGACAAGUGGAAGUAUGGUUUCAGAAUAGGAGAGCAAGGACUAAGCUGAAGCAGACUGAAGUCGAUUGUGAAAUUCUUAAACGGCGCUACAAGACGCUGACAGACGAGAACAGGAGGCUGCAGAAGGAGCUGCAGGAGUUGAAGGCCCUCAAAUUUGCCUCCCCGCUCUACAUGCAGUUUCCUGCAGCCACCCUCACGAUGUGCCCUUCAUGCGAGAGGGUUAGCGGGGCCUCCAAUGGCUCCAAAGGGAGCGGUACCGGACCUUUCAUGGCGGCCCAACCAACACCUCAUUUCUUCGAUCCUUUCACCCAUUCAGCACCAUGCUAGAAAAGAGUUUCCAGACCCCACACCAUAAACCCACCCUCUCUUUUUCAGAUUUUUUGGCUUAGGGCUUGGGAACUAUCCCUAAUAGUCACCACAUAAUAUCUAAGUUCACUCGCUUUUUCACCUAGUUUUUUCUCCUCUUUUUUUUGGAUCCAGGAAAUAGAUCAUAGUGUAGAAGGAAAAGAAGGAUCCCAUGAUUUCCUGAUCUUCCAGCACUUCUCUAAUUAUUGACCCAUCUCCUAGGUUGUCGCAUAUAUGUUCUUUUCGCUGAUCAAGUAUGUUAACUAAUCAUUGUACAGAAGAAAGGAAAUCCCAUUGGCUAGCUCUUAGUGAUACAAAAAGAAAUCUAUGCUUUUCCUUCGAUCACUCUCUCCCCUUCUCAAUUUACAUGAACUAUGCAUUCUUUUUUUAACCAUUUCAUGGCAAGAAUAUUGGCACUGA